CCCUUGAAUCUUUCCGUGGCCCAAUCAUAUAGGGCCUAAUUCAGCCUCUAAAUUGCCAAUUAAUCAUCGGCUAAGCAGGGGAGUCAAAUUGAAGGCAAAAUCAGUCAGCAUGGGACUGAAAUUGUGUUUGAGCAGUACCCUUAAAUUCUCCCCAAUUUCCAUUCUCAGACCCAUUUCUCAAUCCACCAAAAACCCACUCCGGCGUUCGCUCCUUCUUGUCAGAGCCCUUUCCGCGGAUGCAGCUGCCGGAACCACAACGAUUGCUCCCGACACUACCCCAGAUGAUUUCAGAGUUGCAAAGGCGCCUCAAUGGAAAGCAGCAAUAGAUUUUAAGUGGAUAAGGGAGAACAAGGAAGCCGUUGCCGCCAAUGUCAAGAACCGUAACUCCAAUGCUAACAUUGACCUUGUUGUUGAGCUUUACGAUAAAUUAAUGAAUGUUCAAAAGGUCUUUCCACUAUUACACUUGUAAUGCUGUUUACUAUAUUUCAUUUUCAUUAUAUAUUUCGUGGUAUAUACUUUGAAUUGCAUCCAUAUUGCUUGUGGCAUUGCCAUGGUUAUUUGUGCAAAUAAAAGAGAUAAUCCUAUUCACUUGAAUGUUCUUUGCUUCAUAGAAUGAUAGUUUUGGCUUUAAGUUUGAGGGCACCUUCUUUGAUUCUAUACCUAGGAAUCGUGACAAAUGCUUCAGCUUCGUCUUGUGGGUAGUUAUCUUAUAAUGUAGAAUAUGUUUAUCAAUAGUUUUAUGCCGAAGAAGAACUGGUUAUGCU